UGUUCAAUCCUGACUUCUCUGAUCCUCCCCUUUUUCCAGGGUCUACCUCUUAUCUCCUGAAAAGAGAUAUCAUGUGUAGACACUGCACAUGCUCAAUUUGGUGUGUAUUGCUAGAGAGUGCAUGUGAUCAGCACAGGACCAAUCAGCACUGUCCAGACAGAGGUCAGGGGUCCUGCAACCUAAAGAAAACUCCUCCUACAAGCUUUAACCAGUGCUCGGCUGAACACGGAUAGAAAUCACAAGAUUGCUCCAACUGCUGAUGAGUAAAGGUAUUUAGCAGUUUAUAUUUACUAA